CAAGGUGGCCCCCGCUGGGAUGGGGUUGGAGCCUCAGGCUGCAGUGGUGCUGCCCGAUGUCCUGGAUCCCCCCAGCCCCAGCCGGUGCUCAGCGGUGCAGCUGGCGGACCGACUUCCCUGCAGCUCCCAUUGGCUCAGCCACAGCCAGUGCUCCCACUGGGGCUGCUGCUUCGAUCCCCAGGACAGGGUGACCCCCUGCUACUACGGCAAGACAGUGACGGCUCGCUGCACCCCAGAGGGCUCCUUCUCCCUGGCCGUCUCGAGAGACGCCGCUGUGCCGGCCCUGAGCUUGGAUUCCCUGCACCUGCUGAGCCUUCGGGGGAGGGCCUGUGGCCCCCAUUCCAGGAACAAAGUCUUUGUUGUGUUCAACUUUCCUCUUUCUGCGUGUGGGACGAUCUUGAAGGAGGCCGGAGGCCACCAGAUUUACGAGAACGAGCUCUCGGCAGAGAGAUGGACCCUCCGGGCCUCUUCAGGCGCCAUCACCCGGGACAGCGACUUCUUCAGGCUGACCAUCCGCUGCAGCUACUCCGCCCAGGAGCCCCUCCCGGUGAGUGUCCUGGUGGCCACCCCUCCUCCCCCAGCCGCCAUUGCCCAGCAGGGGCCCCUCGCUCUAGACAUGCGGAUCGCUGGAGACGAGACCUACUCCUCCUACUACGGCCCUCUGGACUACCCGGUGGUGAAGCUUCUGCAUGAGCCCAUUCCCCUGGAAGUCCGCCUCCUCGGGAGGAGGGAUCCGGCACUCCUUCUGCUCCUCCAUGACUGUUGGGCUACCCCAAGCGCCAGCCCCCUCCGGGCACCUCAUUGGCCCCUCCUGCAGAAUGGGUGCCCCUACCAAGGACACAACUACCAGGCCCAGCUGGUGCCCAUCCAGUGGGAUUCGGGGCUGCCCUUUCCCUCUCACCAUCAGCGUUUCGUGGUCAGGACCUUCACCUUUGUGGACACAGACACUUGGCAGAUGCUCAGCGGCCCGAUUUACUUCCACUGCAGCGCCUCAGCCUGCGUGCCCUCCGCCCAGGAGCCAUGCGGCACCCGCUGUGAGGCUGGCCUGCAGGGCAGACGUGAGUUGGUUGGCUGCAGAGGGUCCUUCUCAGGUGGGUGGGGGGCUAUGGGGAGCACACUGUGGUGCUCACAAACACAGCCCUUCCUCUCUGCCCCAGGCCAGAGAGAUGCCUGGGGAGGAGCUCCUUCGCAGGCAGGCCAGGCGCUGAUGCUGGCUUCCGCUGGGCCUGUGGACUUCUUCAGCCAGCCCAUGCAGGCCUCCCGGCUGGAAGGGUCCGGAGCGCUUGCCCCGGAGGGCUUCCUGCGAUGGGAGGAUGGGCUCUGUCUGGUGGCAGGGCUGGCCGUGGUGCUGGGCCUCGGAUUGCUGCUGCUGCUCCGAAGGCGGAGAGGAGAGAGGCAGCAGGGGCCAGUACCUUCCCACGCCUAAAAGAAGAAAUAAAUUGACUCUUGGGAGCCUGA